AUGGUGACUCCAGUGUUCCUCUUCGUGCUACUUCCACUAGUGUGCUCCGCAGCCACUACACUGCAAUUCGAAGCAUAUGCACCGGAAAAGACAGAUUUCCACUCCAUCAUCGUUCCAGGAUUUGAAGUCAAGACAAUGGACACUCUGAAUAGCGAGGGGAACUUGGUUGUAACUGUGCAAUCACCUUCAGAGGGGGACUGUGCCCUAAAUAGUGAAGUUAAGGGCUGUUUUAAAAACGGUGACACUGCCAAUGAAAUAGUCGACCUUUCCACAUUGAAUCAAAAUCAAAACCUGUACACAGUUGAACUUUCCUUCAUGCCAAAAACAAUGGUCACUAUGGAUGCCAAGGGGGAACCCGUUGCAUUUGUGCCAUCACCUUCAGAGGAGAACUGUGCCCUAAAUAAAGAAGUUAAGAACUGUUUCAAAACCAAGACCACGGUGUCAUUUACUGUGGCAGACGCGGUCACCACCCCAAAAGUACAGUUUAAAGACGGUGACACUGCCAAUAAAAUAGUCGAACUUGCCUCAUUAACCCCAAAUCAAAACCUGUACACAGUUGAACUUUCCUUCAUGUCAAAAACAAUGGGCACUAUGGAUAACGAGCAUAAAAUCAUUGCAACUGUGCCAAAACCUUCAGAAGUGGACUGA